CGCUGCCUCAAAGGAUUUGAAGGAGUUGAAGAUGUUAUUACGGAUUGCAAGAGUUCAAAGGUGACAGUGAAGGGAGAAAAGGCUGAUCCAUUGAAGGUUUUGGAGAGAGUUCAGAGGAAAAGUCAUAGGCAAGUUGAGCUUAUCUCUCCAAUCCCAAAACCUCCUUCUGAGGAAGAGAAGAAGCCUGAGGCAGAGAAAGAGAAGCCCAAACCAGAGGAAAAGAAAGAAGAGGUCCU